AUGACAGAAGUUAGUGCAAGCAGGUUGCAGCGGUCGCCAAAGGAAUAUCCAUGUGACACCCACAGGUACCGGUGUGACCUUUGCCAGCCUCUCCCGAUGGACACCGGGCCGACGCUUGAUCGUCGCGAGGGAUCCGUCGGUUGCCGUCAGAUGCUACAUGCAAGCCAUUCAGAACACCAGCCAGAGCGCUGCCUUCACCCAGCUUCCGGCAUAGUCGAGCUUGACAAGAACACCGAAAAGCAGUCACGAGCUCGCAAAGCUGUCCAGGGCACACCUCCCGCUGCGCCCCUGCAGGAGGGCGAUGCAGCUGCUGGAUCCGGAAAGGAUACUUCUGCCGAGGGCGAUGCUGCAGCCGGCUGUGAGGCGGUAUGGGCGACAGUCGAGGCCGUCGGGCCAUUCUUUCGAGCAUAUCCAGGGCAACCAGGGCACAGCGAGGCCGAAGCUGCUGGCGGUCACGGUGCGGCCGAGGCUUUGCUAUGUGGCCAAGCUGCAGAAGCAGGACGUAGCACUGGCUGGCAAAAAUCCAGGUCCAGUUUGAGUGGCAGCCCGCGACUCUGGCGACAGGGGCUUCGUUGCUGGUCUCCCGGGCCGGGACGAUUUCGGGGAGGCUUUCCGCCUGCUGUGUGGCCUGCUUCCGGGAAAACUUCGCCAGCUGAAGCCGCCCUGGAUGCAAUGCGCAAGGGCGGACCUGUCCGAGCAAGGCGAGAUGCUAUCCUCAAAGGUGACUUGCCAGUGCCAAUACUAUGGCCCCGAGGACGUACCGACAGGAGCUUGGAGGUGUCGUUGCACGGAGUUUUCGCAAGUGUGAUCUUCACGAGCCGAAUUUGCCAGGUGGAGGUGGACGUCUUGAGCAAGGGUGAACCCAUGCUGCGCGGUCUUGCCGGCUGUCAUUGUGCGAAUGCUGGAACGAGAUGGUGUGCUAAAGCAAAGCAAUACCUGGUCCAGAGGCUUGGGACUCUUGCCUUCACCACCGGGCAAUGGAACAUCGGCAUUGGGCAGUUGAAGAGCUUCUUCGACGUGGACUGGUCGGAUCCGGGAGCAGCGGGCAUGGAGCUGGCCUGGCGAAGCGUCAAGAUAGUCCUGGCAUUGUCGCCACUCAUUGUCAUAGUUUAUUGCUUUUGGGGGGUCUGGGGCCGGGACUGGGAUUCGGUCCGGGCGGACCUAGAGGUUUACGGCCUCGCAGGCGAGAAGGUGACCUCGGAUCCCCGCAGGACCGAGGAAUACCGGGACCUUGUCUGGUCCGGACUCAAGGUCGAGCCCGGGCCGACCAGGCCGGGUUUGACGGACGCGGACGUGGCGGCCAUAAAGGAGGUUGUGCGCCGCAAGGCCGCGGGAUUCUGGGCGGAAGGUACGACCCGUACUAUGCGAGCCGCGACGUCCUCGACUUCCUUGUCGAGCUUCGCGCGCUCCGCCGCGGAGAGCUCUUCUCCCGACUUCACGUCCGGGAGGGGCAUCUCCGGGACUGGUGCCGCACCAGAAGGCGCCGGCCCAGGGCUCGCAGCCGCAGGGAGGCUGCGGACCGCCUCCGGCGAGGUAUCACCGCCGACAGUGGGCUUCGGAAAGAUUGAUGCAGACGGGACGGUGCCAGUGCUGUUGCCUUGGGAGGCCCGCACGGAGGGCAUAGGGCCUAGGGAAGAGAAGGACUCUCUCCUGAGUUUCUCCCCGGGCUGCGAGGCCACCACACGGCCUGGGAAAAGGGGAACGAGGAAGCUGCAAGACCAAGAUGUGCUGACAGGAUCCCGAAGCACCGGCUCCAUGAACUUCUCCAAGGCCCUUGGCACCUGGACGUUGUCUCCGCCCCAGUUUGGCCAGUCGCGCAGUGGCUCCAAGCAGCCCGGUAAAGCUUGGACCAAUGCAGGAGCGGUGCCGAUAGUGCGGAGCUUCGAAACGGUCCCCGUCCAACACCGGCGGAGCUCGACGGACAGAGACAACGAGGCCAAGCAGGAGGCCACUAUGGUACACGAGCUCGAGCGCGAGGCGAUCACAACCGAGGAAGAGGAGCGAGCCUUUGCCUUGCUGCAGCGCAGCAACUUCUUCAGAAGUCUGGAACCCGAAGUCUUGGCGGAGCUUCCUCGGAUGGCUUCCUUCAUGGAGGCCCCGAAGGGUGCCGUCGUCUUCCGCCAGGGCGAUCCUCCAGCCCAUUGCUGGCUGAUCGUCAGGGGUGAGGUGGCGUUCUUCAUAGGUCCAGGAAAUCAAGAUACCCCACGAUUGCCAGUCAGCGUGGGCUUUGAGGAUGUGCAUGUUCCGCUGCCCUGGGAAGAGUCGGCUCGAGUGAGGACGCUGGACGGUGUCAGCACGGUGUCCCUGCAAAGCGACUUGGGGAAGUGUGUCGGCAAGGCGCGGAGCGGCGCGGUCUUCGGCGAGCUGGCCCUGAUGCACAAGGACGCCACCAGAAAGGCAGCUGCCACCUGCCUGACGAACUGUGAGUUCCUGCUGUUGCCCGCGAGCGCCUUCAAGAUUGCCAAGGAUCGCCUGAUUCAGCUUCAGGAGGCAAAGAAGAAGUUUCUGAACCGCUUCGUCCCGGGCAUGAAGGCUUUUCCGGAGCCAGGCCCCAAUGAUCCUCCACAUCCCAGCUUCUUCUUCAACAAAUUGAAGGUCGAUCAGGACUUCAUUUUUUUGAAGCAGGGCGAAAAAGAUUCGCGAGUGAUCUAUGUGAUCUACAGAGGCAAUGUACAUCUGAAGAAAGAGAAGGACUCUGGAGCUGAAACUUGUCAAACGCUGCUUCCUGGGCAACUGUUUGGGUCCUGGAUCAAUGCACUGGAGCCUCUUUCGGCGGUGGCGGCCACCACGUGCGAGGUUUGGUUCGUGAAAGCUUCGGACAUGCGGCUGCUACCCAGCGCCCUCCUGAAGGCGAUUCAGGAGCAUCUGUCUGAAGAGUACUCACAGCUGCUGAAGUCCGUGCACGUUACUCGCAAAUAUGGUUGGGAUGUGCUCAUGCCGAACCUGAUGCCACAUCCGAAGCCGUUGCCACGGCACGCGGACCCCGAUAGAUGGGCAGAGCACAUCCUCCAUCAGGUGCAUGACCAGGAGAUGCGCACGCAGUUCUUUGCAGCCACCAUUGGGGAAGACCUGGUCAACAGGCGCAUUGCCCUUCCUGCACGUCCUGGGCGUAUUCGUAGCCUUUGA